AUGGUGAUUAAUAAUGACAUGGUUAAAGGUAGUAAUAAAAUGAAGAAUUUAAACAAGAAUAUUUUUCCUGUGAAUCCAAAUAAUAACGUCGUUAGUAAUAUUAAUUCAAGUAAGCUUAAUCAAGGUGGUGUAUGUAUAGCAGAAGAUAUAAACAUGGGUAGUGUGAAUAACACAAAUGAUUUAAAUAAUUCGGAUGAGAUAAUUAACUGUGGAAAUAUGAAUAAAUCGGAAGAUAUAAACAAACCUGGAGAUAUAAACAAUUCAGAUGAUGUAAACAAUCCAGACGAUAUAAAUAACAAAAUUAAUGUAAAUGGUAUUCAUAGUCCAUUAAAUGAAAGUUUACAAAAUUUGGAUCGUAACAACAUGAGUGUAUGUAACCUUGGAAAUGUUACCACACCGGUUAACAAUAUAAAUAAUAAUAUAAAUAAUAAUAUAAAUUGUAAUAAUAAUAAUAAUAAUAAUAAUAAUAAUAGUAGUAAUAGUAAUAGUAAUAGUAAUAGUAAUAGUAAUCCUAUAUGUAUUAACAAUAAUGAGAAUAACAAAUAUAAGAACUCCAACAAAUGUAAUGAUUUUCAUAAGGAUAAUACGACAAGCGAACAAGAUCAAACAAAGAAUGAUAACAAUAUAAAUAAUUUAUCAUCGGGUCAAGAAAAUACAAUAAAUAAUGAAGAAGAAAAAAAAAAAGUUUAUCAACUUGUAUAUGAUUUAUGCUUUUCUGAAAAAAGAGAAAAUGCUUUACUUGAAUUAUCUAGAAAAAGAGAAACUUAUCAUGAUAUUGCUCCUGUUCUUUGGAACUCCUUUGGUACCAUUACAACAUUAUUACAAGAAAUAGUUUCUAUAUAUCCACAAUUAUCACCACCAUUAUUAACUACAUCUUCUUCAAAUCGUGUUUGUAAUUCUUUAGCGCUUCUACAAUGUGUAGCUUCUCAUCCAGAAACCAAACAACAUUUUUUGAAUGCACACAUUCCAUUAUUUCUCUACCCAUUUUUAAAUGCUGAAUCCAAAAAUAGACCUUUUGAAUAUCUAAGAUUAACAUCAUUAGGUGUUAUAGGUGCUCUUGUUAAAGUUGAUAAUCCAGAAGUUAUUAAUUUCCUUCUACAAACAGAAAUUAUACCCUUAUGCUUAAGAAUUAUGGAAACCGGAAGUGAAUUAUCAAAAACAGUUGCUACCUUUAUUGUUCAAAAAAUUCUGAUUGAUGAAUUAGGCCUAAAUUAUAUUUGUGCAACACCCGAAAGAUUUUAUGCUGUUUCUACCGUACUAGCCAAUAUGGUUAAUUCGCUUGUUGAAAAUCCUUCCUCAAGAUUACUUAAACAUAUUGUACGAUGUUAUUUAAGAUUAUCAGAAAAUGCAAGAGCGCUAGAAGCUCUGAAAUAUUGCUUACCUGAACCAUUAAGACAUGUUCAUAAAACCUUCUUGCCAUGUUUAAAAGAAGACCCAUUUACAAAAAAAUGGUUAUUACAAUUAUUAUACAAUAUAAACAAUGAUGAUGAAAAUCUAACUAUGAAAAAUACAAACUUUAUUAAUCAUAAUACAAAUCAAAACACAUCAAAUAUAAAUAAUCAAACGCUAAAUAAAAUCUCCCAAAAUGUUUAUACAAAUUUAAAUGUUCCCACAGCCUUAAAUGAAAUCAAUAUUAAUAUCCCUAAAACGGACACACACACCAAUAUUCAUAAUAUAAAUGAUAAUAUAGAAAAUAGCUCAAGUCAGUCCUUCAACAAUAAAAUCAAUGAUACUAACCUUAAAUGUGGGAAAAUCAACAAUAAUAAGUUGAACCCCGAUCUAACUAAUAAUGAUAUAAACGACAAUAAUAUUAAUGACAAUAAUAAUGAUAAUAAUGAUAAUAAUAAUAUUAAUGAUAAUAUUAUGAAUGAUGAUAAUAAUAAUAUUAAUGGUGAUAGUGUAAAUAAUAAUAAUAUGAAUGAUGAUAGUGUAAAUAAUAAUAAUAUGAAUGAUAAUUAA